AGAAUAUCUGCCCUCCUCCGCCUCGGUAGACCUAUCGGGCACGGACUCAGCCCUCUAUCCAUUCGACCCGCAGCAGGAGAGCUACCAGGAGAUCUGGUUACCGCCGACCAUGAAGGUCAUCUCUCAUCCGGAUAACUCAACGAGCUUCGAAGUAAUCGAGUCUCAAGUGGAGAAUCCAUUGAUUGAUGCCGAUCAUCAAGAUCUUCUCGCUAUGAAGCAAAUACCAGUGCCUGGAGAUCAUCAUCAUCGAACUCAUCGAAAGAAGAAUCAGACCAUGGAGGAGAACGAUCAAGCUCUGCCAUCUGCAAAAUCGGAAAUUGACAAAAUUCAGCAACCACCCAAGUUGAUACUUCCAAGCACGUGUCAUCACGCAUAUACAUCGUGCAAGAACGACCCGGAGUGCAAGGAAUUAUUACAGCCGGUCCUGAAAUACUGUGGUUUGACGAGCUGCAUGAGAAAUGAAUGUAUGACAGCCUUACAACAUUUCUAUAAAAUGGCUAAUCACAAGCACUCCAUCGAAAUAGCUUUCUGUUUGUGCCGAAAAACUGAUGGCAGGAAAGACGAGUGCAUAAUUGCUCAAGAAAAAAUGCAUCCUGCAUGUGCGCAACGUGUAGAAGGUGUUGAUAUGCCAACAUGUCACAGUUUAGCAGAAAUUUGCAAGAAAAAUGAAGCCUGUCGCUCAAGAUUGGAGCGUUACGAACAGAGUUGUGCGGUAGACAGCGUAACUAAAAAAUGUGCUGGACCACCAUCAGAUUGUAGAAAAGCGAUGCUGGGUAUACUUGGUACCGAACUUCGUUCGAAUUGCGCUUGCAAAGGCACCGACUUCACGCAACUCUAUGACUGCCUUGGUUGGCAGAGACUCCUUUGGGUUAACCCGUGUGUAGUUGAAUCUCAAAAGGACUACCAUAUACGUCGAAAACACCAUCACUAUCAAAGAACAACGCCGAUUGGUACUAUACCAUCGACACCGAUAACGAUGACAACAUUGUCGUCGACUACGAGAACACAUAUAAGCAUGACGGCGACUACGACGGUCACCGCGGUCGAGCGAGUUGAAGAUAAUCAACUACCGGAAGUAACGAGGUGGCCGACCACCGAACCCACGGAAACUUUAGAAAUUACGACUAACACUGUUAGCACGACACCGAGCACGACUACAACGACCACCACACCUCCUCGUUUUUGUGUUGUUCAAAGACCGAGACAGAGUCAUCAGUAUAUACGGGAGGGUAAAGGGAAAAGGCUUUAUCGUGAAGACGAGCCAGAAUGUUCAGAGCUCUGCCAAUGUGGCGAAGGUGAAGUUCUUAUCUGCAAUACGAUCUGCGUCGAUUCGUCUCCUUGCAAAACGGACUUCGCAUACUACAAUCAUGAGGCCCCAGCCUAUCAAGCCCAUCGUGGUCCAUGCCUUUGCUAUAGCGGAGGUUUCAUAUGUAUGCGUCCAUCACCUGGAGCAUACAGUAUACCACAUGGAGUUUUUAUGUUCUUGGGAUAUAGUGAGAAGGAUGAGACCUUGCUAAGGCCACACAAUAAUCUUACGGUUCUAGAUGCCGUGUCGUCUCUCGACAAUUUUAUGAGAGAGGAAGUAAAUAAUCAGACCGUAUGCACGCUCUUCCUUUACAAUAUGACUCGAGAGAACGUGAUUGCAGUAGCACGUCUUGGUACGGACAAUCCACCCUUAAAUAGCAGUCAAGCUCAAAGCUUGCAACACCUCUUGCGAGUUAAGGAGGAAUGCGCUUCCAUGCUGGAGGAUUUGAGCAGCAAGAUCAAUAAUAAGCAUCACGAAGUUCACACGCAUCCCUUACUCUCAAUAUUCAAAAUGGCUGAGGUUGCGGUUAAAUUACCCUAUAGCAACGGUGGUAGAAGCGUGUCAAGGUCAUCGAGUUCAAUCCUUAUUCUCGUACUCCUAGCGUGCAACAUUCUCACGUCUAUUUCGGCGUAUCUCGUCGACAAUUCGUGACACGGAUAAUGUUGCUUAUCCGAGAUGAGAAGGGGAAGAAGAACCUCAAGCUUUCGAGUGUUUAAAAUAUCGACGACGAUCUAGGGACAUGAAAAAGUGUCGAAAAUAAUUAAGAGAUAUAAGGAAAAAAUGAAAAAGAAUGUACGUUUAUGCAAGUAUCAUCUGUACGAACGUAUACAUGAGUGUAUGUAUGUGUGUGUUUGUGUGUAUGUGAGUAUGUUUAUGUAAGAAAAUUUAAUUUAUCUUUUCCUAAAAAGAUACAAAAUCGCUAUUUGUCUGACUUUUCAAACUUAUUCCUACAAUCGAGAAUCGAAAUGAUACUAUAUAAAACUAAGCAAGGUAACUUUCCAUAUAGUAGAUUAUGGAGAAACAAAUAUCGUAUACGUGGUGGAAUUGCAGCAAGAUCGUAAUAAGAAAAAUGUCUUAGCGAAAUACCUACGUGAUGUAAAAAGAAGACGACAAAAGAUGGGAAAAAGUUUAUUUUCUUUCUUUACGUUUCUCCACGACGUCUAUUUUUGUUCACGUUGAAGAUCUCUCCAAGAUAUUGAUUGAAAAGAAAAUAGAAUAGCAAAAUCGACUUAUAGUUACAUUGUCACAAAAUCGAACAUACAGAAACAGCUGCAGUUACCUGUUCGACCUCGAUACGGAACGUGCUUUUUUGAUAUAUAAUAUAUUUUAUGUUCAAUAAAAAGUAUAACCCACGUAUAUAAAAAAUGAGCAUAAAUCCAAAUAUAAUACCAUAGUUCGCUGCUGGACCGGCGAUGAUAUUACAUUCUCUUCCAAAUGAUCUUGGCUAAUAUAAAAUUCUAUCGCGUUAGUCGUAUUGGCCACAAUAAAGUAAUACUACAACAUGGUACUAUAAUUCAAGCUCUGAUUUUUAAAAAUUUCGAUAAAUUCCUUAUUGUAUGCAUAGACGAUUUUGUGUUAUUAUCAGAAAUAAAAUCAACCACGAUUCUCGAUUGCCUGGAAUGACUUCGCGUGUAUAAAUUGAAUGAAUUAGAAGAAAGAGAAAGGGAGAGAGAGAGAGAGAGAAAGAAAUGGAGAGUCUGUAAAUGACUAGCACUAAUUAUUAAUAUGUAUAAUGAGUUAAUCGGAAAUCUCCUACCAUACUGGACCAUUAGGUGUGUUUGUUAAAGUUGAUACCUGAAACAAAAAUGACGCGUUUUCAGGCCAAUCUUAUGAGAUUCCGAAUGAUGUAGAUCGAAUUAUAGAUUGUUAAUAUAGAUAUAAAAUAAAAGGUGUAAAAAAUAGAAGUAGUAAAACUACGACGUAAAGACAAAGAGAAGCUAUUGAGAUUGUAAUACGAAUGGUAAUUUUAAAACCAUCGUUUUAAGUAUCGAAUAAUUAUUAUUCUCAAAAUGGUGGCUCCAAGUUUCCUAAGCUGCUGUAUCUAAUGUGUGACAUUAAUAAAUAAUGCGAGAAUUUGCUAUAUCCCACGAUUAAAGAAAAGCAAAAAAAUCAAUGAAGUAACGACGUAGGAAGAAAAGGAAAACGAAUCCACUUAUAUACAAACGAAGUAUACAUAUAUACAAAAAAAAAUAUAUAUUAUUAUUAUUAUUAUUAUUAUUAUUAUUAUUAUUAUAAAUAAAACAUAUAUUGAAUAUAAGUAUGCAAAUUAAUACAGUUAAGGAAUGAAGCCAUCGAUGGAAGCAUAGUUGUGAGUAUCCCAAUUGACAAACAUCGAUAUAAUACCGUUUGUAUAUGAAUACUCAGCGCUGUAGUGAAACGUUAAUUUUAUUAUGAAGAAUUCGUAAAUUUAGAAACUUAACUAAUUAUGUGUACAAUCGUGUUGGCAUAUAUUUGAUGCAAAGGAGAAUAUAUGAAUGUAUGCGAUAGAAAAAUAUUAUUCUACUCCCGAUCAUCCCAACUGUAUAUAUAAGAUAAACCCUAUGCACAAAGACUUGUUUAAUUACUUUUUUAUUUGAUCAUUUUAUUAUCUGAAUUUUAAGCAAUCACCAGGUUAUACACUCGUUAAGAGAAAUCUUUCAUUAUUUAUAGAUAAUCAACGCGAUAGUAAUUCGUAAAAAAAAAAACAUUUAAUUGAAUUAUCUCGAUGCAUUUAUAAUUAAUUUAUACAGGGAAAAGCGUUAAAGACGUAUUCUUCUGUUCUAUAUAGAUAUAUAAGUUGUAAUUGUAAUCGAGUACAAUACACGGCACAAUAUUGCAAUCUACUCGACAGGCUCAAUGCGUUGAUUUUGAUGAGAAGAGAGCUGGGAUGAACGCGAGCGAGAUUGAAUGUACGUGACGUGGCUAUCGGAAAAGCAAUAAUGUAUAAAGUUUAUGAUCCACUAACACAUUGCUCAAAAGAAUAGAAUGUGUAAGUCUCAUGUUAUGUAUACAUACACACGGUUACACAUAAACACACUCAAAUACAAUGAGAAGAAAAUAUUUGCGUAGGUGUUAAAUAGAUAAAAAUUUCGUGGCUGGUAUCCGAACAAUCGUCUAAAACGAUCUAUUUUGGAAUGACCAAACGUGCGUUCGUAAAAAUGAAAACGAAAAAAAAUAACACGCGUAAAUGAUCAAGGUCGGUGAAACAAAACAAAGCUCGUUUGUGUUGUAAUUAAUUGCUGAAUUGUUGUUGAACACAUAUUUUUACGAUAAUUUAAAAAGGCAUAGAUACGCUUGAACCUUUUAACAACAACAAAAUAAAAGGGCAAGUAUUAUAUUGAAUUUUGGUUGUCUUUAAUCAUAGCAUUCAAAUACAAUUUGAAAAUGUUUCACUUAGCUCAAGCAAAACACGACAUCGAAAGAUCCUACUACAUUAUAUCCACUGAAAUGACUUAAUCAUUUUCAUUUUUAAUAUCCUUCAACGUUAUUUUGAACAAUUGUUCUCUCGUUGUAUAAUAGAACUGUAUAGUAGUUUUAUCUUAUAUAUUUACUCGUACAAAAUAAGAUAAUCGCACUAUACCACAGUGUACUUUAUAAUGCUAUUUGUUAAUUAAACAAAGCGGAGUAUCUCUGUUAACGAUAUACGACGUAACAUGAGUUAUUUUCACGAAGCAAAAAUGGUACGCUUUUUCUAUCGUUAAAUGAUUUUGAAAAAAAAACUAUUCACUUUCCUUUUCUUUUUUAAUUCUUACAUUAAUAAUUAAACACUUGAUUGCAAGAUAUUCUUAAGCAAAAAAUCUGUGGCCUAACUGCAUACUUAGUAUUCUAUAAUUUUACUUCUACAAGGUUUGCUAAUAAGUUUCGAAGUGAUUUUAAAAAUUAAUAUAAUUCUCUUUUUCGAAAUUUCUUAGACUAAUUUUUUUCAGAUUGUAAAACCAUAAGCUUACUUAAGGAAGAAACUUUUUUACAAUCUAAAAACGGUAGACUAAAAAAUCUUGGAAAAAAUUGAUUUUUAAAAUCACUUAGAAAAUGAUACUCCAUCCUGUAUUUAAAUUUACGUGCUAGUAAGAAGUAAGUAAGUAGUAAGAAGUAAGAAAAUAUUCUUGAGUUUAUAUUUAAAAACAUAUUCGAUCAUAUCUGAGCUUCGUGAGAAUGCUGAAAAGACGAAAUAUUUCUUGUAUAGUAGUUGAGAAAGAUUAUUUAUACGAAAAUUUUACAAAGCACACAAUUAAGCGAUCGUUGAAAGCGCAAUGUUAUGUAUUUGAUAAUAAGUUGUCUCUUCCAUUAAUUUACUCGAAAAACUAUGCGAAAAAAAGCCAAAAAACAAGAACAACAAAAAAUAAAAUUCAAGAAAAAGAAAGAGACAAAAACACAACAGAGCAACGGUGAUAAAACCGAUGCGAUAACAAACUACGGUGGUUCCAAUUGAACAUAUCAAGGCCUCUUAGAAAGGCCAGCCAAUGCGCGAUUUUACUCUAUGUUUCACAUAGAUUCAGUUUUUUCGAAGCUUUUUUCAAACAACAAAGAUAUAAUGAAUAAAAAAUAUAAAAAAAAUAAAUAAAUAUAAAAGAAUGAUUCGUUUGCAAAAUGCGUUGCAAAUACUUAAGAGCCAUUUUAAUAGUAAUUGCAUUUGGAUGUCUGGCCUAAUUUUAACGUGUUAAAAAAAAUAUAACGGAAAGAAUAAGAAAAAGAAUAAAAAAAAACAAAACGUGAAACUCGAUGUGCAUUAUUAUAACUCGUUUAGUAUUACAUAUCCAGAAAAAAUAGUAUAUUACUCAACUAAGGCGGUAAAGUAAGAAAUGUCUCAGAGCACAUGUAAUUGUUGUCCGAAGCGAAGCCAAGGUCAACAAACAUGUGCUCUGAGGCUUUCUUAUUUACUGCCUAUGGUGAGUAUACUUUUUUUUUGCUCGACGUAGGCGGAAAGCGGCAACUUCGUUUUGCACAGCAGGAGAAAAGUUGACACUUUUUGCCCGGAGGGAAGAAAAAGGACUUAUACAGCGACACAAAUUUGUUAAUUAACAAUGUUGAGUCACAUGUAAUUAUCGAAAACUACUAGCAAACGAAUCAUUUUAUCGUACUAUGGUACCAUUUGUGGCAAGGGUCAGAAAUCUCUAUUUUCCACGAGCUGCAAGCUUUAGUGAAUUUUUAGGAUAUUACAACCGUUCUAGAUAAAAAGUUCACCCUUUUAUAAAUUCCUGCCUUACCGACGAAACAAAUACGUAAACUCGUGAAUAAAUAACGAUUAUCAUAUGUCAGUAAGGUAGAAUUUUGUUAUUUAGAUCUGUAUCGUCGAAAGAGAUGUUUAAAUGUCUCCUUUCAAUAUUUUCAUUCAAAAAACUACUACAUUAUAAAUUUGUUAUCGUCUUUAUACAAAAUUCUUGUAAAAUCCAUAUUUAGUGGGCUUUUGAUCGAAAUGAUGAUGAUUUUAUAAAAAGAUGUUCCGUCGAUGAAACAGAACAAAACGUGAAAGCUCAACUCGUGAAUUACAUAACACACCUACACCUAUACACUUGCAGAAAAGCGUACACUAAAUGUGCAUUAUAUACAUACGCAUAAUAUACCACACGUAUAAAAUACGCGAAGCAUAUAAAUAUGCAUAUAUAUAUAAACAUAUAUGUACAUAUUUUUUAAUACUUAAAAGACACUCUCUGACCCCGGCCACGUAUGUAAUGUAUACUGUAAACUAUAAGACUAUCUUAUCUAUAAACAUAUUCGUAAGUAGCGCACUGCUAUAAGCAUGCUUGAACCUUCCUAAACGACUCUGGUACUCAUUAUAACGUGUGCUCGCUAUCGCUCCUAAUCUCCUAUAGACGAGCGAUUAUUCGAGAAUCGGGCAAAGUCGGCAACCAGGUUUAUAUAGGAAUGAAAAAGAAAAAAAAAUUACGCGCGAAAACUUUGUUACUCGUUAUGGACAAAUGAAAAGGACUAUUAAAUUAAAGAUACGACCGCGUGUAAAAUUUUAAUUAUAUUUCAUUAUAUUCCAAAAAAAAGGGAAAAAGAUGAAAUAUCGAUCGCAUUAUAUCUUGGCUGUCCUGAGUAAUGUGUCAUAAUUGUUGUCAAUAAACAAUUGUUAAAUUAAUGUGAUUAUAAUCGCGAUAAUCUCUCUCUAUUUAAAAUUAUACUUAUUCAUUUUUGAAGAUUUACGAAAGAAAUAAUUCUAAUUCGAUUUAAUGUUCUGCGUAUAAAGUCAGUUCGCCAAUAAUUUCCAUUCUGAUUUUAUUGCAAUAGAUUGAUGAAAAGAAUGAAUUUAUAAAAAAAAAAGUAUUGUCCAAUAAAAAAAGAUUCACACACAGAGAGAAUAGAGAAAAACAUACAUACGUGAAUCCGUCUUUGCCUAAGAAUCUCUUCGAUUUUUAAAUCACCCGUAGAAUUAAAUCCGAUGUAACGUUGACUGUAUAUACAUAUUAUACAUAAUAUAUAAUACACAUACACAAUAGAAAUACGUACCUAAUAAACUAAUGAUUAAAAUACACGAAACGUUCGAGACCUACUGUCGAUGUACAUGUACAUACACAUGUCGAUCGGAAGAAGGUGAAUGUAACAAAAAAAUAAAAAAACGAAAAGAAAAAAGGAAAAAUUUUGGAACGCUUCCAGUGUCAUUUAAGAGAAAAAUAAUAUAAAAAUAAAAAUCCCCAAAAAUACGUCAAAGUGCACUCGAAAAAUCUGCUUAGAAAUGGAAAUUGCAAAAAAAGCGAAAGAUAAGAAAUCUAAAACAAAAAAUAAAAGAUUAAACAAACGAAUAGGCGAAAGAUAGAUAUACCACUAUGUGAAUGUGAACAUGUACGAUAUAUUAUUAUUUAAAGAACGCGUGAGUGUGCGAGAAAAUGCGCGAGAAAGAAAGAAAGAUUGAUAAAGCAGCGAAUACUUGUUAAAAAUUAUUAUACAGAUGACUACGAGUUGCCGAGGCGUUGAUAAAUAAACGAUUGGGCUCUUACGGGCCUGUGAAAUUAUAA